CACGCAGAUGUCUUGUUCUCUCGUGUUUUAUUGAUUGUUUCCAAUUCCAACUUGUUUUCUUUCCUUCGACCAUCGACAUCAGUUAAUCCUUGCCCUCGGAACAAUUAAAAUUAUUCUCUUUAGUGCGGUACCCACAAACGUUCUCUCACAAUUCAGUGAUACUCGGACUCCCAUGUGCAAUUAAAACUUAGAGGAAGUGUUUUUUUUUAUUCAUUUUAAAGUGAAUGGUGCUACAGACCUGUCGUUGUCCGAUGAGCAUUGAGCAUAUUGAAAAGUGCUGGUAAAGUUGCUUUUCCACUAAGUGUGCUUCCGAUUAAGAUAGAGGGUGAGGCAAUUUACUGAAUAGUCAUGGAUCGGUCAAAGUUGAAUUUCUUAGUGCACUUGUGUUUUAGAAUCUUUUAGUUAUUUAGUGCAAGAGAUAUCGCGAAUGCAGUUGAGUCGUCCGAACACGUGCGCGUAUUCAAAGAGAGAGGAUUAGAAUUUUGUCACAUCAUUAUAAUAUAUUGAUAGUUAUUUAUUGCAAUAAUUAUUACUCAGAUUAUCGUUUUAUUGGAUCGUUUUUAUUGGAUCAGAUUUUGCAGGCUGGCUAUAUUGUGUGAAGAAAAAUGCCAGGAAAGUGUAAAAGAAAUUGGAUAAAAAUAUUAUCUGUGCAUCCCCAAUUUUGAUGAUAUUUCUGUGAAGUAGCAAAUUUCAAAAAAAGUGAAAAUGGUUAGACCAAGUGCUUUCGCGAAGGUUGAAAUCCUUAAUAGUCGCAAUAAAAAGAUGAAUACAUUUCGAGGAGUUCCGAAGGCAGAACUCGAACGCAGAAAUCAAGCUCUUCUGCAAUCAAUGACGAUAGAAGAACUUUAUUCUGCUUUGGUAUGCAUAAUUAGCGGGCCAUGGGUGAAUAUGGCACAACACCAACUUGGAUACGAUGGUACCGACGAAUGUGGAAAGGAAGCCCUGCUUAGUCAUUUGCAGCAGGCAUUUAAAGUUGACAAUGAGACCCAUGAACGAGUUUUAGAGGAGGCCCGAAACACGGAGGCUCCAGAACUGCAUCUCAACGUGGAGGUGCUAGAGGCUAAAGAGCUUGCUUCCCAAGAUGCAAAUGGCUUGAGCGACCCCUUCUGCACACUUUAUCUCGAAUCAGCUCCAACUAGAAGAUAUAACACUGCCGUUAAGACUGAAACUCUUUCCCCUGCAUGGGAAGAACAUUUUGAAUUACCACUGGAUGAUCCCGAAAACGACGUUCUGGCGCUCGAAGUAUGGGAUUUUGAUGCUGCAGAAACGGUGCCAGAAAAAAUGAACAAAGUCAAGGACGUGAAAGGUGUACGUGGAUUGAUGAAACUCGCCAAAGAAAUUGCAGUAACCGCAACGACUGGCAAUCACGAUAAUGAGUUCAUUGGACGAACAAGAAUUCCACUAAAGGAUAUAUCACUAUCAGGAAAUUGUUUGUGGUAUCCAUUGGAAAAGAAGAACAAGUCGAAAAGAAGGGGUAUUGUGAGAUUGAAGCUGGCCUUCAGUACAGAACAUGACACUCAAGUUUCUUCUCAAGAACAUAGACAUUUAUUGCGGAUACUUUUGAUGCACGAAAUAGAGUCACAAAAAUCUGAAAAGUAUUGUUGGGCCGGUAAAUGGUCUCCAGCUGCCGAAGCUCUAAUUCUUCAGCACACAGCUCAAAGAGGGCUCUCAGCAAGAAAUGUUUGCCUUGCACAGUGGGUCGAAUUUUCCAGAGUCCAUCAGGAACAUCCUCUCAGUUUUACCGUAUUCAACAAAAUUGUUUUGGAAUUGCUCAGACCAGUCGAGAGUGGUCUUUUCUCGAGUGAUGAAACCAAACUUUUUUGGGAAGCAACUAAGAGACUGAUUUACUCUUGUUUUAAUUGCAUUAGAAAGAUUAGAAAGUUCCCUGUGGAAGGAACUGGUGCUCUUCAUCAACUCUCUGCCAUUCUAGGGAUAUUAUCAUCGGUAUCUACUCUUAAAGUGCCGAAAGAAGUUGAUCUUUUUCCAGCAAAAAUGUACAGUUGGUUCCCAGAACCAGAUGGAACAGAAAUUAGUAUUCUUCAAGCUUUGGAUUACACUGUUUCGCAGGGAGGAUCUGAAUGGUUCGAUUUCAUCAUGGGAAAUAAUUCCUUGGAGGGUAAUUCGGACGAAGAGGCUCUACAGUUUCAUAUUAAAGUAAUUCAACUAAUAAGAGCUGAUUUACAACGCGCUAUUGAAAAUCACGACAAAAUUUUUAUUAGGAAGGUCAAUUUUCCCUAUGCAAGAACGCUUUAUGUCAUGUAUGAAAAGAGAAUCAGUGACAUGUGUAUGAUUAUUGUUGAGGAUAUUUGCGCCAGAUUAAAACAUAUCGAUGUUGAAAGUAGUGAAGAUGCAGAAUUGGGUCUUGGCACAACUUUAUUCGAGCUUUAUCUUGCCCUUCAAAGAUAUGCUGCGCUAGGGCAUGUCCUUUGUGCAGAAGGACUGGAAUACACGAAGAUUCAGAAUUAUUACGACUGGUUCAGGGAUGGCGUCGCUCACUGGCUCGAUAUCGCUGUUUACAAGGCUCUAAAACGAAUUGGCAGAGCAGUAGACUUUGACACUUUACAGCCAGUGGACUCCACUGUUCAAUACAGUUCUAGUGCUGUCGACACUUUGACGAUUUUUUAUCAGAUCAAAGUUUUCUGGACACAACUAGCCUGGCCAGAUAUCGAGGGAUCCUACACCUUCAUAGCAAAAAUCAUUGAUGACAUUUGCAAAUGUUCGAUUGCCUAUGCUGAUAAGAUGGCGAAGAAAGCGGAGCAAGUAACAGAGAUAGAGCAAGACUCUUCCAACAAUAGCAGCGUUUACGAGAGGAAGUUUGAAGUCUCGAACGCCUGGUGUUUUGCCAUUAACAACAUCGAUUAUAUCCGAACAUCAAUUGUUCCUUUGGCUAACGACUUGGGAAUGCAAGGCAUCGUUGAUGCUCUAGGAGAAAACAAACCCGAACAGGAGGCAGAGCGCUGCAAGCAAACUUUGCAACUCAUUAUCGAUAAUGCGACUGACAGUGUUAAGGACAAAAUUAUCGACUUGUUGAAAAUCGUCGCUAAUAACAUGGCACCUGCAAUCAGCAGAUAUUUAAUGGAAGGAGCGGAACUGAUAGACACGAGUAGUAAUGCAAUGGAUCGAUUACUACAUUAUUUAGAUUCCAAUCUAACGACACUACAUAAUAAUCUCAAUCAGGAAAAUUUCGAUACUGUUCUUCUUGUCAUUUGGGAAAUUAUGUCUGAAACUCUCUGGCAGUUAGUCAACACCAAUCUGGAGAAGAUUGCUAAUAAUCAUAAGUCAAUGCAUAAAUUGAAUGCUAAAGGUUUUCAUAAGAAGAAGAGAAGACCACCAUCCUUCUAUUCGAACCUGCAUCGUACUCUUCACGCCCUUAUCCAGUUCUUCAACCUCGGAGCGGACGAGGCUGCGAACGUUCAAGUAUUGGAGAAGAUUGAGAGCCUCUUAAAGCUCCAUGGGCUCGAAACUGCCGAGUUGAUUCAUCGAUAUAAUCUCGAAAGGAUUCAAGAGCAGAAGAAACUUGAGGACGCUCUACAUGGUCUCCUUACUGUCAGGGCACAGUUUAUCGACAACUCGCUCAACAUUCAGAUUCUCAAUGCAAGGAAUCUCAGACCAAUGGACACCAAUGGCGAUUUUAUAGGAAAGCUGUCCACCCUUGAACGCAGAAUGCACUCAAAAUCUAAACAAAGACUGACAGAGGGGAAGACAAGAAAAUGUGACCCUUACGUAAAAGUUCGACUACUACCGGAAGAGAAAUUCGUUGACACCAAAGUACCAAAGACUCAAGUGCACAAGGAAACUCUCUUUCCUUUGUUUGACGAGUCCUUCAAUGUAUCUCUAACUACUGAGCAAAGAGCUAUAAAAGACGCAAUUCUUGUUUUCGAGGUGAAAGAUAAGGAUUUAUUUAGGGCAAAAUUCAUGGCUGAAGCAUUUCUAAGUUUUAGCGAAAUUCCUGAAACGGGACCUGACAGGCACAUCGAGUCCCUCGAGCAAAUCCACUUGAAACUGUCUCGACCAAUUACCAAGAAUACUGAUGCAAUACGAGCUUUGGAACAUAGGAAAGGCGACAAUCUGGCGAUGGACUUUAUUUCGAAACUGAACGGAAAAAUAAAUUCAAGAUAAUCAUUAUCUCUGCGGGGUUCUACCUCGAUUUUAAGCCUGAACACCCGUACUUUUUUCCAAGGUUCAGUUUUUUCCAAAAUCUUCAAAUUUUCAAAAACAACACGAAUUUAUCCUACGAAAUAAAUGAAAAGCGAAAAUUAAUUUAUAAGGCUAUAAUCAGACUUCUUAUACACUCAACUCCCGAUAUGCGACCGGUUUCGUGCAUGGCUUUAAGUGACCUUGGUCCUAAAUGGGGAGAAUCCAAGAGUAAUCAGACAGGCCCCCUUGAAUGAUUUUUUUUUGUAUUUUUCGACACAUGGCGCAAUUUGAUGCAACUUACGCGCUGAGCCCACGAAGCUGCGGAGGCCAUAUUUUCCAGGAAUAUCAUAAACGGGGGUCCUUAUAUCGAGAGUUGAGUGUGCAAUUAUUAUUAGAUCACUUAUCGCAUACGAAACUAUAAGUUUCAUUAUUUCCAGAUUUUUUAUUUAUAAAAUAUCUGAAUAAUUUACUAACUGAAAUAACCUUAAGGAGUCUGAGAUUAUUUUGCGACGUCUAUAAAAUUACGAAAACAACGAAAUAUAGAUUGAAUAAAUGUGACAAAGGUGAAGAAAAUUUAUUUAAAAGCAGUAAAAGAGACUUUGACAUUCACCUCACUUCAUAGGCUGUGCAUGAUUUUUUCUAAUACAGUGAGCGCUGAUUUGUUGUCAAAUUCCCUUAAAAAUCACAUUUUUAAAUUUUGUUUCAGAAAAUCUAAGCAGUAACUAAAAAAUUUACAAGGGGAGACCGCCAGUUAUAAUUAAUAAACAUCAGAAAGAGGUUUGGCGAAAAUGAAUUCGUGUAGCUCAGGUUCUAGCGCUUCCGCUUCGUAACUGCAAGGUUGCGUGUUCGAUUCUCGCUUGCUGAGAUUUUUUAUUUAUCUAUUUUUUGUUUAUUAAUAGGUUUAAAAAAAGCAUUUUUUAAAUAUUUUAUAAAUAUAAUUUU